CUAUUGCUGAACCUCACACUUCAUAUUUGCAUCAGCAACUGGAGAUGACCAUGGAGUACCAAAACAUUUCUAACGCCUCUCUGUUUGCCCAUUCCUCAUUGGAUGAGCUGGUAUCCAGUACUGUUCUGGGAUUGUGCUGUGCUCUGGGUGUACCAGGUAAUAUAGCAGUGCUGAUCAUGCUUGCCCAACAUUUAAAGGAUGACAGUUUUACCCCCAAACUGAUGCUGAGUCUGGCUGUCUCGGAUCUACUAAGUCUGAUUUCUCUGCCUGUGUGGAUCUAUGCCCUCCUGUAUGGCUGGGUUUUUGGCCAAGGUCUGUGCAAGUUAUUUUCCUAUGUGGUGUACUUGAGCCUCUACAGUAGUGUGCUUUCUGUCACCUUGUUGAGCGUGCAAAGGUACCUGCAGGUGCUGUAUCCACAGCGAUGGGCAAAGCUUGGACGGAAGAGUCAAAAGGGGCUGAUUUUCGGGAUAUGGAUAUCCAGCGGAGCUUUGGCUUCUUAUGCUCUUUAUUACCGAAACGUGAAGAAGAAUGAGAACGGGCUUCUACAGUGUUUUCAGGAUUACAGAAGUGAUCAAGAAAAACUAGCUGUCUUACUUGUCGAGACUCUAGUGAUGUUUGUUGUGCCUUUCUUAAGCAUGUUGUGCUUCUACCUUCGACUUCAUCAACGGAUAAGUCAGUCAGCUUCCUUCAGAAGCCACAGACUGACAAAACUGGCUGUUAGAAUCGUAGUGACCUUCUUCAUAUUCAGCUCCCCGUGUUUGAUCAACAACUUGGUCUUAAUGGCAGUGUCAUGGGAAUCAGAUGUCAGCAACAAUGUAACCGGGGCUCUUUUCUUUAUCAACAGUUGUGUGAACCCCUUUCUUUACGCCUUCUCGGCUCGAGCUCUGCGAUGCAAGAGAAAACGGCAUUCAGACCAGUCACAACAGUAUCAAGAUGAAACUGAGUAAACACACAGGCUAAAAAUGUGCAUGCACUU